GGCUCCGGUUCCUGGAAGUGGGGCGAGGAGCCGGUCGACGAGGCAGUCGCACGACCGAGGGAUCGUAAAUCAUGACCAGUCGGCCGCACGGUGCGCAUCGCGACAAACAGGGUGAAAACUGUCGGAAAACCACCGCGAUCGUCGGCGGCGCGACGUCGCCACCCCCGGAGCGGUGAUUUAUGAACCAUCGCGCUAAGAGUCUCCAUUGGGGUACCGCGAAGACGGUUACGGCAAGUUCAGUGCGCGGGAAAGUGCUCCGAUACAGUUUCCUCCGAUGUCGGUUCUCCAAUGACCAUCGAUUCCAUGACUACGUAGGUGGAAAAUUGUCGCUGACGCGACCGCGACGAGGGUAACCUCCCUCGGUCGUCGACCUUGGGAGGACAAUCAGUUUAAUAUCCGCUGGAAAGAUCGGCUGUAGACUCACGCGUGCGGCUGAUCAUCAUGUGCAGCAACGAGAGCCCGCCGCCGGCGAAGGAACCACUGGCCGUCGGCCUGGGUAAUCAUAUGGCCGGUUUUCUGCCGGGUCUCGAGCACUAUCGGCUUCACCUCUACCAUUAUGCGAUGGCGGAACGAUUGCGGCUGGCGCAGAGUUUACACCCCCAACAUCCUGGCGUGGCGGCGGCACAUCCACCAUCGGGUGCACCAACGGCCCAUCUAGGAAUGAGUCCGGGUUUCCCGGCGCCGUUGCCACUGUAUCCGGCAGCCGCGGCCGCAGCUGGCUAUCCCGGCCGACUGGCCCUGUCCAUGGCGUUGCUGCAUCCGCAUCAUCAGCGAAUACCCGAAGAGCCGAAACCUCAGCACAGCUAUAUCGGCCUGAUCGCCAUGGCGAUACUGUCCUCGCCGGAGAAGAAGCUCGUGCUGUCCGACAUCUAUCAGCACAUCCUCGAGCACUAUCCCUACUUCCGCACCCGCGGACCCGGUUGGCGCAACUCGAUCCGGCACAAUCUUUCGCUCAAUGACUGCUUCGUCAAAUCUGGCAGGAGUGCCAACGGCAAGGGCCAUUACUGGGCGAUACACCCGGCGAAUCUCGAAGACUUUCGGCGGGGUGACUUCCGCCGGCGCAAGGCUCAGCGUAAGGUGCGCCGACAUAUGGGCCUGGCGGUGGACGAGGAACCGGACAGUCCCAGUCCGCCGCCCCUGCCCGCCACUCCGCCACCCCCGACGGCCCUCGGUCCCACGGUGGCCUCGCAACAGAUAUCCGCGAUAUGGCCGCAUCAUCACCACCAUCAACAGCAGCAACAGCAGCAGCAGCAACAGAACUCCUUUCAAAGCCAGUCGCUUCGACAAUCGUCCUUCCAGCCGAGGAAGCGGCAGUUCGACGUGGCUUCUCUGCUGGCGCCAGACGAUCAGCAUCAAAUCGAGGCUGACGUGCUGAGGUCGGUCAAGUCGCGCAAGUUCAGCUGCAGCGAGGACGAGCUGCCGGAGGCCGAUCAAGACGAUGAAGACGUCGAUGUCGAUGUGGUGGCCGAUGCAAACGCCUUACCAUCACCUGGCACACCGCCGUCGACCAGCCCGGAUGUGCCCAAGGUCGUGUCACCGGCUCAUUGGAACAGUCAGAGUGUACAGAGCGGCGGUCAGCAACAGCAGCAACAGCAACUGUCGGCUGUACACCUUCACAAUCAUCUACACGUCAGAAAUUACUAUAUUCCGGCUAACUCCGCCGGCGGGUCCAGCGUCUAAUGGCGAGUUUAGAAGAAGCCGGUCGAUCCGUGCGGCAGGUAGCUGCUCGUAUCUCAAGUGCAUCCACGAUCUUCUCUCGUUUCUUAUCCUUUCCGUGUGAUUUCGAGGGCUCUGAAUGUAUGCGUCCUACUCUUGCCACGCAUUAUUCUUGUUUAUGAUAUGUUCUUUGGCAAACUUAAAUAUUCCAUUUUUUCAAGAUAUACACUUAUGGUUUUUCCCAAACAAAGGAGUUUUCGAUGAAGCAAAUUUCCGUAGAAAAUGUCAUAAUGACAAGAUUAUAUUUUUCAAUUUAUUUCAAGCAAAAUUUAGCAUUUUCAAAUUUAACAAAGAGAUAUCAUUUGAAAGCCUUGUUCAAUUGGCGA